AUGAGGAUCACCACAUUGCGGCAGGUGGUAGUGAGUCCACUUGUGUUUGCAUUGCUUGGCGGCUUGGGCACGACCUUGGCGGCGCAGGACGAGAAGAUCCCCAACGGCCCAUCUGGAGCCCGUGCGCCCCAGGAGACCGUGGUUGAGAUUCGCCAUGUCGACCUCACGCUCGAGCAGUCAUUUCAAGUCGCCGAGGCAUCUCGCCACGACAUUGAAAAGGAGAGGCUGUUGUCGAUAAUGGCCAGGGAUCACGGGACAUGGUCGCCAAAUCAUCCGCGUUAUCGCCUUCUUGACGCGCUUCACGGCUUCUCUAAGUAUUACGAACGGCAGCGGGCCGACGUUGAUCGGCUGCGAGGCCUGUACAAGUAUGCGUCCAAAUCUCAGAAACAGUUUCUAGAAAAACAUCUCGCCUACUCUUCCAAAUUUAAAACGGUUGAGCAAAAGCUGGCCACGAAUCAGCAUGUCUGCGACGACAUUGUCCACGCUGCCAUGGAAUUCUACAACGUUGGGACGAGCGAGCUCAAACGUCACAUGGCGGACAGAGAGGCUGAGGGCAAGCACGCAGACAAGAUCUCAGUUUCCCAGUCGUUGAAACACAUUGUUCGCGAUUGGGCGAGCGAAGGGUUGAACGAGAGAAACGCAACGUUUGCCUGUCUUGCCGGUACGCUGCGCCGACUGUUUCCCGAUCGGAACCUCUUGAAAGAGGAUGUGCGCAUAUUGCUGCCGGGGGCCGGUCUGGGCAGACUAGGCCACGACAUUAGCCAGCUUGGUGGAUUCGAAGUCACUGUCAAUGAGUGGUCCAUGUAUAUGAAUGCCGUGUAUAGAUUCAUCGAGGCCCAAAACACGCCCCUGUCGCAGUCCGUUCAUCCCUUUGUCGAUGGUUGGUCGCAUCAUGUAUCCGACGACAACAUGAAUCGUGCCGUCCCCUUCCCAGACGUGCCCAUCGACUCAUCUAGAGUUCUCAUGGUGGAAGGAGACUUUACCACCGAGUUCAAAAAUCAGUCGGCGUACUACGACGUAGUAUUGACAUACUUCUUCAUUGACACGGCCAGAAAUCUCAUGUCGUACUUUGACACAAUCAGCCAUGUCCUCAAGAAGGGCGGCAUCUGGAUCAAUCUGGGACCAUUGCUAUACGGCACCAGUCCUUUUGUCCAACUCAGUCUGGAGGAUAUAAUUGCCAUUGCCAAGGAGAUGGGCUUUCAGUUUCUAGAAACGGAUGACUUUUGCGGAGAGCCCACGUUUUCAGAGCCUACAGUGAGGAGUAUGGAGGCCGUGUAUAGUUUUGACCACAUGGCCUUGACGAAGAAUGCAUACAAUGCACAGUUUUGGGCAGCCAGCAAAUUAUAG